GUCUCUCAAACAGGUUGGCAUUAUUGAAGUGGUGUAAUAAUUGUAACCUAUUCGGAUUACUAUUUUCAUUCUUUCGAAAGAAGCUCUGCAAAAGUAGUAAUUAAUAUGACACGUGUAGCUGUGGUAACCGGUGGAAAUAAAGGCAUUGGAUUUGCCAUUGUAAAAGCACUUUGUAAGCAAUUUGAUGGAGUCGUUUAUUUAACAGCUCGUGAUGUUAACCGUGGGCAAAAUGCUGUUAAACAAUUAGAGGAUCAAGGUUUAACACCUAAGUUCCACCAACUUGAUGUUACGGAUGAAAACAGUAUUUCUACUUUUCGUGAUUACUUGCAAAAAACAUACGGAGGUCUUGAUAUUUUAGUCAAUAAUGCUGCAAUUGCCUUUAAGAUGGCUGCUACGGAACCAUUUUCUGUACAAGCUGAAGAAACAGUUAGAGUAAAUUAUUUUGCUCUAAGAAAAGUAUGUACCUUACUUUAUCCACUGUUGAAACCACAUGCUCGCGUAGUUCAUGUAUCAAGUUCUUCUGGUCGAUUGUCACUAAUUCCUAGUGAAUCAUUGAGGAAACGAUUUUCUGAUCCAAAUCUUACAGAAGAAGAAUUAGAUAACAUCAUGCAUGAAUUUGUUAAUACUGCAAAAACAAACACACACUUGGAAAAUGGUUGGUCAAAUUCUGCCUAUGUUGCAAGCAAAGUGGGGGUCUCUGCUUUGGCUAGAGUUCAUCAAAAGAUGUUUAAUUCAGACUCUAGAGAAGAUCUUGCAGUAAAUGCUGUUCAUCCUGGUUAUGUGGACACUGAUAUGACUAGUCAUAAAGGAACAUUGACACCUGAUCAAGGUGCUGUAGCUCCUGUUUUUGCUGCAUUAUUACCAGAAAAUACAGAUAUAAAAGGUAAAUAUAUCUGGUUCGAUAAAUCACUGGUAGAAUGGACAAAAGAUGCAUAAAUUAAAUUUUUAUUUGAUUUCGUACUAUAUAUAAAUGUAUAUAUUUAUAUUUUUAUACACUUAUUAUUUGU